AUGGAAAAAGAAGCAAACCAGAAAAUGGAAUAUAAGUUGAAGUUAAUGGCGCUUAUAGUUUUGCUGACGACGGCUUCCUGCGCCGCCCUGAGCAGAGAGGAAUUUACAGAAGCAGUGGCGUAUUUAAGGAGGUACAGCUAUCUGCACAUCCCGCUGGACUUUAAAGGCCAAAACCAUCCAUCAGAGGAGAUAAUGGAAGCUGUAAGAAUCUUUCAGAAAGCGACAAACCUGCAAAUAUCAGGGACACUAGAUUCAGCCACUCUGAUGAUGAUGAACAAACCCCGAUGUGGACUGGAAGACUCUUUCAAUAACAGAUCCCUUAGAUAUCGAGUCAUGGGUUACUGGCGCAAGAAGAUGCUGACGUACCGCAUUUAUAAUUACACCCCCGACCUGGGUCAGAGCAAGACCCGUUUGGCCAUCCAGAGGGCAUUCAAGUACUGGAGCGACGUGUCACCUCUGAGGUUCAAGGAGCUGCAGGGAGGAAGAGCAGACAUCAAAAUCUCCUUCCACAGGAAAGACAAGUCGUGUCCUGUGCCCUUUGAUGGACGAGGUCAUGUUUUAGCCCACGCUGACGCUCCUGACUCAGGCAUUAUUCAUUUCGACGAGGAUGAAGUGUGGACAGAAGGGAAGAGCUCCGGCUCCAACCUGAGGAUUGUUGCAGCCCACGAGAUCGGCCACGCUGUCGGCCUGGGACACUCGCAGCACUACAGCGCAGUGAUGGCACCUGUUUACAACGGCUACCGAUCAGACUUCAAACUACAUCCGGACGACAUACAAGGGAUCCAGGCUUUAUACGGAAAGCCAGAGAAGAGUCCUCCACCCAGAGGUAGUUCAGUGCCGGGACUUCUUCCGGAUCCCUGCAGGGUCUCUAUGGAUGCAGUAAUGUUGGGUCCUUUGCGCAAGACAUAUGUGUUCAGUGGUCAGUACGUGUGGACGCUGUCCAGCUCUGGAUACAACACUCCCGUCCUGAUCUCUGCACUGUGGAAGGAGUUGCCAGGGAGCCUCGCUGCAGCUGUUCACUCUCAGAGGACCGCCAAGUCUUAUUUCGUGAAAGAGGACAAAGUAUGGAGAUACUCCGGCUUCAGACUUGACCACGGCUUCCCCAGACGCUUGUCCAAUAUCCCUGCUAAUAUUGACUCAGCCUUGUACCUCAAUAAGAACAAAAAACUUGUCUUUGUCAAAGGCUCUGGAUACUGGCAGUGGGAUGAAGUCGGCCCGACAGACUUCAGUUCAUACCCCAAACCUAUUGGAAAACUUUUCCCCGGGGCCCCCAGCAGUACUGAUGCUGCAAUCACGUGGACAAAUGGAUAUAUAUAUUUGUUUAAAGGCUCCCAGUACUGGCGUGUAAACCAGCAGCAGCGAGCGGUGGAGAAGGGCUACCCUCAGAGCACCGCCGAGCGCUGGAUGCACUGUGACGACUGAACCACCAGAGGCCACCAGGGGUUCACAAUGAAACUCUAACCUGCACAAUGAUUC